AUGAUCCAGCACUUUGACGACCCUCUUCUGCAAGCGGCCGCGCGCCAGCUGUCUCCUGGCAAAUACAUAGCCUAUGUGGCCGUCAAUACUGAUUUCCCUAUGCCCGAUCGCCCAUGGCAUAGAUGCCUCGUGAGGCUCGCUGGACUAGGUCGCAGACCCUCUCGGCCUACCAAGCCUUUUCCUUUCGCAAACUUCUAUCUGCAUACGUGGGUCUAUGAAACUGUCCGUUUUCCAUCUGGGGGUGUCGAUUACGGGGAUGCCUGGGAGAUUUCAGUGGACGACAGGGAGGAUCAUCGCCGUUAUAUGAAUGAGGAUCAAGAAAAGCGCGACAUGCUUAUUGAGAAAGCUAGUCCGCCGGCGAAGAUCGAGCCUGCUACAUCGGCGCCUAGUUGCACAGCUGAAGUCGCGACAGAUACCACUGCAAGACCGAACGGUAUCAUCAAAGUAGAAGAUUGGCUCAAUACAACGGACUACAGCCAGGAACCCUUUGAAGAAUUACCCAUAAGCAAUGAUGUCAGCUCUGAAGUCUUCAAUGGCGAUGCUCCCGACUCGUUACUCGACAAUGAAGUCUCGCCUUCCACUCCCCUGGGCGAAGAUGAUGCCAAUAGCAUGGAUGAUGUUGACUUUCUCUUCGCCAACCUUCUCUUCCCCGAUUUCUCGAACAUUGACGUCGACGUGAUACCCGUGGUUGGUUAUUCGUUCGACUUGACUGAGGUCAAAGAAUUCUUGGAUCCGCGUGGUUUCCUGAAGGAGGUAGAGGCCAUGGCUGAACUUAUUCGGAAAUCCCGCGCAGGCAUGCUUAUCGACGUUCCCAACUCCUAUGCCCCUCCAGAUCACCCCAUGGCGUGCCGUCUGGAUGAGCAUACAAUUCCUCUAGAUAGCUCGGCGGCGGCUUCUCCGGCUGACCCCCUGGCGGCGCUCCCCAGCAACUCUAUGGUAGCCCUUGCCAGCCAUGGCUAUCCUAAAAUGCCAUCCGAACAGUGUCCCAGCCCGGUACCUUCGGUGAGUGAUAGGCCAGUCGAGGACGCAACCAGCAGUACGUUGCAUCCCAGCGCGAACGCUACCGUCGAUGUCGUUGACUGCGCGGCGACUCAUGUCGAAGCAGCACAGCCUCCCCUCGAUACACCUGCUGAGCUGUCGUCUGAGCCAAAGGUCACUUCUUUACCACCGGGCAAAGGGUGGUUUUCGCGACUUCUCCCGAGACGCCAAGAUGGCUCAGAUGUUUCAUCUGGAUCGCACGAAGGUUCAUCGGGUGGACUAGCGAUCCACGCCAAGGUCUACGCGAUUGUAACUCGCAUUGGCCGAGUCCUCCGCCCACGUCAGAGCGGCGGUGAGACACAUUAGCCAUUCCCUCAUACGAACUCUAAGCUCCCCGUACUAGUAAACCAGCCAUGUUCAACAAGAAAGAUUGCGGUUUGAGCCAAACAUUUCACUACUGCCUGUUCAAAGGUUACAUUUUUGCUACUGUCGAUACUGCACUUUGAUGUGCGAAUUCUUUGCUUUGUUAAUGCUAAUCGUCCC